AUGACACCCUCGCUGACCAUCCCCGUAUUCCUCCUCAAGACGCGAUCCCAACCCCAUGAUGCUUACGAGGAAUACUUUGCUGCUGCGUCCUCCAGCAGUAACGGCAGCAGCAGCGAGGACCACGCCGGUCCCAUCUUCCUCCCUGAAUUCGUCCCCGUCCUAGACCACCGGGCAAACACCAAGAAUCUAGGUGCACUAGAGGAGCUGCUGAAGAGGGGGAAGUUGGAUAAGCAGUAUGGCGGCAUGAUCUUCACUAGUCAGCGGGCGGUCGAGGCUUGGGCCGACGUGGUCAAGAGGGUCGAGCGAAGUGCCGAGCGACCAGGGGACGAUGAUGAACCUGGAGGCGAGAGUGCUUCAGGUCGGGACCCGGGCAUUGGUACGACGUCCAAGACCACGACAGACCACCACGACAGCACAUGCGCCUCCGCAAGUCUCUUGGAUGAUGACUUUACGUUUCCCCUCUACACGGUUGGCCCCGCCACCUCGCGCGCCCUGAAGACGCUCGUCGUCGAGUCCUCAUCCCUCGAGUCGUCGCCCUGUGCUAGCCUGCGCCCCUCCGUGUUAGGCGAAGACUCGGGCAACGGGGAGAAGCUUGCCCAGUAUAUCCUGUCGCACUACAACGCCCUACACUCGCGGAGACUCUAUACCUUCUACGAUGCGCCGAGACUACCCUUCACUCCGCUCAUUGGACCUCCACAGGGGGAGAGGGUGGACAAAGGCGACGCGCGGCUGCAAAAGAAGCCCCUACUCUUCCUCGUCGGGGAGCAGAGGCGAGACAUCAUCCCCAACACGUUGAUGGACAGACAAGGCAAGUUGGCGCCGGAUGAGCGGAUCCAGGUGGACGAGGUCGAGGUCUACACCACGGUGGUGAUGGAGUCGUUCUCAAACGACUUUCAAAGGAGGAUCGCCUCAUACCACCAGGGUGCCGAUGCACAGAAGACCGCGGUGGCAGGUGUCAUUGUCAUUGUGGUAUUCAGUCCCCAGGGGUGUGAAUCGAUGCUUCGGUCACUGGGGUACAUUGACGAGAGUCAAGCGCUGACUGAGUUCGCAAAGACGAGGUGGGCAGAGGACAAUCUCGACUGUCUCCAGUCCGCCACCUCGCAGCAGCACGCGCACGCGCAGAGGCCGAGGUACGUUAUUGUUACCAUCGGUCCCACGACACGCGACCAUCUCCGGAACAAGUACGGCUUCGACCCGGACGUCUGUGCUGCCAAACCGAGCCCAGAGGGCGUAGGUCGGGGCUUGACCGAGUUUCUCAAGCAAAAGAGGUUGGUAUAG